AUGGCCUACAUCUCGGAGCAACUACAAAAUGGCGAAACGACUACAUAUUUGGAAAUGGAUGGUCCAAUCGGGAGAACAACAGCAUUGAAAAAUGAAGAAAAUGAAAGAAGGGAAAACGAUCAAACGACAGCCUCGACAAGCGAUUUAUAUUAUGAAGAGAUUGAUGGAAGACAACAUUCACAAACAUAUUAUAAAGAUGGAGAGGGAAACUCGUUCAUUAUUAUUGCCCAGGGUACGGUACCAAUGUCGGGAAGUGAAAAUCACUGUGAUGAGGCUACAUUUCUCAAUAUUGAGGUUCAAGCCGAGCAUUCAUCUCAUUACAAUGGAUAUGUCCCAAAUGGAAUGCUUCUCGAUCAACAACAAACAACAAUAUUAACAGAGAUUCAACAAGGAGCCUACGAGACACAACUUCACUCCGAAGCACUGAUCACAAAUGGAGGAAAGAACUCUGGCCUCACCGCGUGCAAAGUCGAAUAUAUCGGGAAUUCGACGAGAAAACGGAAGUUACAUUUCAAAUGCGAGAUUUGCCAAUUGAAGACGGGUUUGGCGAUAGAGGUGCCAAGCACACUCGACAGGGCGAACUUUCAACGUUUGGUGAAAAUGAUCGAAGAGGACGGGAAAUUGGGAUGGAAUCAACAAGAGAUAACCGCAAAACUUUCCUCUUUUUACGGGAAACACAUUUGCGGUUUUCACGCGCCGGGUUAUUGGAGUCAACCGGUCGAAAAUGAUGAUCAACCGCCGCUGUUGACACCGGAAACUUCUUUCGAUCGUAACGAAGAAAUCGUCGCAAAACGGAAAUUGUACCGAGAUCGAAAAAAUCGGCAACAAAAAUCCCCGCGAGUUGUCGAGAGCAAAGAUAUUUCUUCAACUUUG